AUUUGAACUGCUCUGUGGUGUGUGAUUGUUGCUUGCAUAAUUGCUGUCACCUUCAACCAAUCAAAAUGGGGUAUGCCGAAUUAGUCGCUGACGUCAUCCGAAAUGUAACCACUACACCAGCGGCGGAUCUGGAGGAGGCGGGACCGGGAAUAUCCCACGAGGUCUACUCCAAACUGGUGCCCUUCAUCAUCGGCGUGAUAACGCUGGUUGGUUUGGUUGGUAACUCCAUCGUGGUCUACGUCAUCGUGUGCCAGGGCCACCUCAAGACGGUUACCAACUACUACAUCGUGAACCUGGCCAUUACGGAUAUCUUCUACCUGGUAUUCUGCGCCCCUUUCACGGCCUCGCUGUACGCCACCACGAGCUGGCUCUUCGGGCAGUUCAUGUGCAAGUUUGUCUUCUACAUGAUGCAAGUGACUGCCCAAGCGACAUGUGCCACGCUGACAGCGAUGAGUAUCGACCGUUAUUACGCCAUCACCGACCCGCUGAAAUCACUCAAGACUCGGACGCCACGAGUCGCCAUCGUCGUCAGCGUUGUGAUCUGGACAGGUUCAGCUCUGCUUGCUAUACCCGUCGCCGUCUACUUCAACGACGUGGAAUUCGCAGAUGGCAACGAGACCUACCAAUUCUGCCGAGCGACCUGGCCUUACCCGAUCUUCUACCCUGGCUACGCCGUGUACUGCUUCGUCAUGCUCUACGUCAUCCCGCUGUCCAUCAUCGCCGUGUGUUACACCAUCGUCCUGAACCGUCUCUGGAAGACCGUUGCCCCAACAGAGGAGUCCCACGCACCGGUCCACCUCCGGAUACUGAUGCAGAAGCGGCGCGUCACGCGCAUGAUCCUGGCCGUGGUCCUGGCCUUCGCCGCCUGCUGGAUCGGCGUGCACGUCAUGUCGCUCUGGCGUGGCAUCGACCCGGAUAACUUCCCGAAAACCAACAUGGUCGUCUUUGUGUAUCAGGUCUUCGCCCACCUCUUGUCCUACCUGAACUCCUGCGUCAAUCCGUUCGUCUACGCUUUCAUGGGCGGGAACUUCCGCAAGCAGAUGGUCCGGGCCUUUCCGUUCAUGAAGGGGAAGAAAAACUCCGCCACGGACGGCCCGUCCGGUAGUCUGAUCAAAUCUAAAUCCACACAGGUCUAAUAGCUUUUCAUGUCUUAUUAUGGAAUCGUGCUGCAGUUGGUACGACACAAAACUUCAAAUCGAGAACGAACGGUUCAUGGACCCCGUGCGCCCUCAACGGUUACAAAAGGAAAGUUGUGAGAGACCACUGUAUGGGAGGGAUUCUUGCGCCGUGCGCUCACGCGGUUUGUCCUUCCCACUGGAACGAGUGGUGACAAAGCGCCUCCUACUGUUCAUGCACGGCAUCCAUUAUGGCAGCAAUUUCUCUGCAUGACCCCCGAGUAUUAGCACGUGAUAUGGGUCAAAUCAAGAAAGCAUUCCCCGUGGUGGCUGGUUGUAAAAUACUUCGCUGCUGCAGUACGCAAACUCUGUGUUGGUGCAUUCAACAUAAUUGCCGCGUGUUUCACGCCAGUUAGAGGGAUCUAUUGGGCGACCAAUAUUGCUGUCUCGCCUUCUUGAGAAGCUGACCUUUUGAGGUCCAAUGCCUGGUAUUCAGUUUACAUACCAUGGCAAACAGUGGUGUACGCACAAAACCAGUUAAUUGCUUAUGGUUGAGCGUACGAGUGCCUGUCCGUCGUUGGUCAAUGCAGGACAGGUACCCAGUCGUCUUUGAUUGGUUAUGCAAUGUUUACUGAAAAUAGGCUGGUGCUGAGGAUAAACAAAAGUGUCUGAAUUUUAAGACCAUAGCCCGGAUGUUACCUAUUCAUUGAUAUAAACACUAAAAUAAGUAAAUUAAAUUAGUUUAAGAGUUAAUAUAGUGGAUAUUGAUAAAACAAAUCUUAAUAUAAAUUCGAAUAAUUUGUUUUUAAAUUGUAUUCAUCAUUUCGGGGUUCUGUUAUAAGGUCUCAAAGUAUUCCCAUCAUUUUAUCCCUGUGGAAAAUGUACACAAAGUUUUGAAGGAAACAAAUGCAUUCGACUAUCUUAUGGCAUAUGCUUGCUCGUGUAGUUGUUUUUGUUGACAAAAGGGCAAAUUUUCUUUCACCGAAACUCCAAUUUUGGUCACAAAACAUGAUUUUGGGCGAGACAUUAAUAACAAUCCACAGAGUCCCAUUCGAUCGACAAUGGAA